GAUCUUUAUAGAAAAAAUCCUGGAUAAUACUUGGGAUAUAUCGAAGCUAACAUAUACUAAAUUUGAUUUUGAUGAAAAAAUAGUAAAUUGAAUGGAUAUGGAAGUGGUGACGUGUUGAAAUUGAGGGAGGAGGGCCCAUUCAUGAAUCUUCCGUCGUUACGGUUUGCUUUUCUCUUCAUUUCAAUUUCAAUCUCUUUCCUCCACCUUUCUCUCAAACACACCCCAACUCUUUUCCGUCCCACCUUUCUUCUGCCCUUUAAAUUUUUUAUUUCAGGCCGGGCCAGGUUUGAAUGCUUCAUUUUCUAUUCAAUAAAGGGAUUCAAGUGAAGAGAUCAAUUCCUAAGUGAAGUAUGAUUGAAGGAAGAUGUAGAGGAUGGGCAGUGUGGUUUGUGUCUUGCAUGCUGUUUUCUCUCUAUGAAUCAUCUUUAGAAUCAGGUUGACAUCAAGUUCCCUGGCUUGUGGGUAUAUCUCCUCAUCAAAUUCUUGUAGCAAAUAUGAAUUACUCAUUCAGUGCCAAUACUUGUGAGAUAGUGGAAGCAAGGGAAGAGAUCAUUUCUGAGUUCAAAAUAGAUGAAAAGCCUGAGAGUAGUUGUGCCCACAAAUCAAGAAAAAAGUAUUCUAUAGAGAAUGAUAUCAAUCGUCUCUUGCAGGCUAUUGAUAUUAAUAAUUCAGCUAGAGUUCUUAAUACACCAUGUUCACAGAAGAGUGCUCUUAAAAAACCUAUAAAAGCCACUCCAUCUCAGGCAUCAAGAAUUGGUCUCUCGGAACCUGUAAGUUUAAAGCAGGCAUUUAGAAGGCUGUGCAUCUCACAGGCAUCAGAAAUGGCUGCAUUGAAGCGACUAUCAAAAUCAUCCCCUUCGUCAAGAGUAUCAGAGGCUGGAACUAUAAAAAACUUGUACACAACGUCACCAGUAGUAGACGAAAGACAUGGGGUCUUGGUGGAACUCUCCCUUGUGCCAGAGAUAUCUAGUAGACCUUCUGAUGAUAAGUUGGCCAGCAAUGAGAUUCAUGAGAUAUCAAAUUCAAGUGCUCAUCAUUCUACUCCUUUUGUUAAUGCAACAAACCCAAAAACAAUGCCAACCAGAUUAUCACAUCGAAGCCAAAUUGUCCCUCUUUCAUCAGAGAUUCAGGGUGAGAAGCUAGUCACGAGGCUUGAAAAACAGGCACUAGCAGACUCAUCAUCUGCUUCCUGUCCUAGUAAUGAAGUGCUGGAGUUGGAGAUUAGACUCAAAACGCUCCCUGAUUCCUCCAGCAAAGAUUCUCUCAGUUCUUCAUUGCCAGAUAAGGGGGUGGAAGCAAAGUCAAUUUCUCCAUCCAGUUCUGGAACAGGUAAUGGGGUGGAUAAAGCCACAAGUAGUAAUACAUCAUUGGCAAAGCCAAUAGGGAAUGACAAGAACUCUCUUAAGAAGGAAGUGAAGCAAGAUUUAUGUUCUUCAUCGAGCUGCUCAAAUCCAUGCCCCAGAAAAGUUGGCAAUGCUUUGGCUUCCAGCACAAGUAAUUUGAACAACGUGAAUAACAAUUCUGAUUCAAAGAAUGAAAUGAAGGUAAACGAGAAACUGUCCUUCAACCAUUCAAACCAUAGCAUUGAUGUUUACUCAGGUAAUGUCAGGAAGGAUUCAAGCAAACCUGGUUUCUGUUUGGCUAGCAAUAAGAGAACUAGGUUUCCAGUAACAAAAUUUGAUGAGAAAACAAUAUCAAAUGUAAAGAGUGAGUUCUCACAAAGUUCAAAAAGUAGCAUUGGUGAUUACCGUUGUAGUGGGCACAGACCUCACAUGUCAAAACACACAAGAUGGGAAGCAGUUCGUGUUAUUAUGCAGCAUCAUGGUAAUUUAAGUGCAAGGAACUUCAAGCUGCUCAAGAGGCUUGGUCGUGGGGACAUUGGAACUGUUUAUCUUGCCCAACUGAUUGGUACCAACAGCCUUUUUGCACUAAAAGUGGUGGAGAAUGACUUUGUGGUAAACCAGAAGAAAAUGCUCAGGGCCCAAACUGAAAGAGAGAUUCUGCAGAUGCUGGAUCAUCCGUUUCUUCCUACACUAUAUGCCCAUAUUGCAACGGAUAAGCUCUCUUGCUUGGUUAUGGAGUAUUGUCCAGGUGGAGAUCUACAUGUGCUACGCCAGAGGCAACCAUCUAAGAGUUUUUCAGAACAAGCUACCAGGUUUUAUGUUGCUGAAGUUCUCCUUGCCCUGGAGUAUUUGCACAUGCUAGGAGUUGUAUAUAGAGACCUCAAGCCAGAAAAUAUUCUGGUGCGAGAAGAUGGCCACAUCAUGCUUACUGAUUUUGACCUAUCACUCAGAUGUUGUGUCAAUCCAAUGUUGGUCAAGUCAUCCUCACCAAAUGUGAAUCCAACAAUGACGUCCAGUUCCUGUUCUGAGGCAAACUGCAUGCACCCUUUCUGUCUCCAACCAGAUUGGCAUGUCUCCUGUACUCCUAUUCUACUAUCAGGUGGAGCAAAAUCUCAAAAAGUUAAGGCUGAAAUAGGUGGUCAGGUUGGUCCACUGCCACAGCUUGUAGUGGAGCCUACCAAUGCUCGAUCAAACUCGUUUGUUGGAACCUGUGAAUAUCUUGCUCCGGAAAUCAUAAAAGGUGAGGGUCAUGGGAAUGCUGUAGAUUGGUGGACUUUAGGUAUAUUAUUGUUUGAGCUUUUAUAUGGUAAAACUCCCUUUAAGGGCCAUGCAAAUGAAGAUACAUUAACCAAUGUUGUGUCAAAGAGCCUUAAGUUCCCAGAUAGUCCUAUAGUGAGUUUUGGAGCAAGAGAUUUGAUGAGGCUAUUGUUGAUAAAAGAUCCUGAAAGUCGAUUAGGUUCUGUAAAAGGUGCUGCUGAAAUAAGGCAGCAUUCCUUCUUUGAAGGCCUCAACUGGGCUCUUAUACGCUGUGCACCACCACCCGAGCUCCCCAAAUUUCGUGAUUUUGGAACUAGUCUUCAAUCUAUGGACAAAAAAGCCAACCAUUUAGAGGCUACACAAGAUUGUCAAGAGUUUGACCUGUUUUAGUUACUUAGAUUACAUGGGGUAGGGGAUUGACUUGGUUUCAGAAUAUGUUGUCAUCCAUGUAACACUUGGGGCAUGAAUGUAACUCUCAUACCCUGACUUACAGAUAAAUAAAUGUUUAUACUGGACUAGAAGUUGUAAAUCCAUGAUUGGUUUGCCUGCUGCCCAUUUCGAUCUUUAAUUGCUUGAUAUUAUUAACGGGAUA